CCUCCUCGUCGCUCCGCGCCAUUUUGCUCUUCGCCCCGCGCGAAGCCAAGUGAAGGCCGCCAUCAUGGACUCCGAAAUCGAGUACGAGCUUCCCGGUCUCAUCCGCGUGCACAAGAGCGGCUUCGUGGAGCGCCUGCAAGGCACCGAGACCUCCCCGCCCUCCCCCUCCGGGGACCUCGCCACCGGCGUCGCCUCCAAGGACGUCGUCCUAGGAGACCCCACGUCCAAGGUCUCCGUCCGCCUCUACCUUCCCUCCAACGCCGCCGCGGAGCCCGGCAAGAAGCUCCCCCUUGUGGUCUUCUACUACGGCGGCGCAUUCGUGGUCAGCACCGCCGCCACCCUGAUCUACCACAGGUACGCCGCCUCCCUCGCCGCCGCGGUCCCUGCCGUCGUCGUGUCCGUCAACUACCGCCUCGCUCCGGAGACCCCGCUCCCGGCAGCCUACGACGACGUCUUCGCGGGCCUCAAGGCGGUCGUCGCCGCGUGCGGUCCGGACGGCGCGGAGCCCUGGCUCGCGACCUACGGCGAUGCAUCCCGCAUCGUCCUCGCCGGCGACAGCGCCGGCGCCAACCUGGCGCACCACACCGCGAUAAGGCUUCGGAAGGAACCUAUCGAGGGGUACGGCGACGAGGUCCGCGGCGUCGCGCUCCUCUACUCCUACUUCUGGGGGAAAGAGCCGCUGGGCGGGGAGCCCGCAGACGCCGCCGUCCGCGGCAGGUUCGAGCGCUCCUGGGAGGUCGCCUGCGACGGCAAGUUCGGGCCCGACCACCCGUACAUCAACCCGUUCUCGGCGCCGCAGGAGGAGUGGAGGCAGCUCGGGUGCCGCCACGUGCUGGUCACCACCGGCGAACUCUGCUGGUUCGUGGAGAGGUCGCGCGCCUACGUAGAGGCGAUCAAGGCGUGCGGGUGGGACGGCGAGCUCGAGUUCUACGAGACCAAGGGCAAGGGACACGUAUACUUCUUGUUCAACCCUGACUGCGAAGAGGCCAUCAAGGACCUCGCCGUCGUGGCGGACUUCGUCCGGCGCUGCUGAGGUUUUCUUCGCUCCUUUGCUUUAUCCGGGUCAGCGAUUCACUAGUAAUAAAGGAGCACGUAAUUUCUGUAAUUUUGUUUGUGGGUGCUUAUCAAGCAUGCAUAUAUCUCGCUCGAUAAAUUUCUGUAUUAUUCAUGCGCAAUGCGCCAGUUGCAGCUUCAUUGCAGGGAUCGAUGAAAGGCAGUGGAGUGAUAGUACUUUUCCUAUUCUGAAUUUCUGGUGUGCAUCAUAAGCAACUAGCAGCACAAUCACAUUUUACAUGUACUUCUGAUUACACUUGUAAGUUGUAACACGAGCGAAUUAAUGUUUGAUUUGAUUCUCUGAAUCGAUUGCCGGUUGCAACUUCAC